AUGGGCUUUAAAUGCGUUGUAGUAUUGCUAGCCCUCCGUUAUCCCUCGAACGCGUGUUCCAUCUCGGCGGGCGCGGCGCGUGUGUGCGUGUGCCCGUGGCGGCCCACAGGCGCAGCUAAUGCGUUCCGCGCGCACACACGCGCACGCCCGCCGUGCGCACACGCGGCGUACACGUGGCGCUUGUGUGCGCGGGCGGACUUUGGUAUUUUGAUUGGUCAUGCAUUUCACGUGUUUAUAACCUCCGCCGGGCUUCUCCAGUGCGGGCGAGCAAUAAAAGCUAUAAUUUAUAAGGCGAUCCGGCGCCCGUACCUAAGGGCGAGCAAGUUGUAUUUCACGUUCGGCCCGAUAAGCGAUCUAACGUGGGCUGUAAUGCGCGCGAUGGCUUUAGCUCGCGCUCCGCCGCCGCUGUGCGACGCGCCUAUAAUUUCGCCGAUUCGUGGCCGAGCGUUUUAUCGGAACGAUCACACUAUUUUUCGAACUUUC